CCAAGGAGACGUCGCAUGCGAUGGUGCGUCCACGGCGCGUUAUUUGAAUUUCUUCAUUGCCGACCGACUACACACACUCUAUACACUCCGUUUAUUGUAAUUGCGGACUGUGUGUCGCGCGCGCGCGUGUGCGUGUGUAGAUCUCUUGUGCUCCGCACGUAACGCUCGCACAGCUCGUGUGUGACGAAAAGUGGGAAAAACGCUUGCAGCGGUCGCAAGCUGCAGCGGCGGCGCUUAAUCGCUCUUCUGCUGCAUCUCGAGCGGGCAGUCUUCUCGGCGCACGAGAGUCGCCGGGAUCUCGAGACUCUGGAGACGGAAGAAUUAAGGUAGUUUUUUUGUUGGUUCACUGUGUGCUGUUGUUGUGUGCAUUGGAUCGGUAUCGACGUGUAGAUCGAUUGUUUUUUAGAGAGAGUUGCUCGCGGUACAGUUGCUCAUCGACUGUGACACUAUACGCGUGUGUGUACACGGUAAAAUUACACUUUGCCGUUUCAAUUGCAGUUUUCUCGGAAAAGGCCUAUAGUUAAUUGCCUCUUAUGCUUGACUUGUUAAUGGGACUUUUAGAGGUUUGAUUAGAGGUUGUCGAUCAAAAUAAACGGCCAAAAUGUCGGAGUUCAACAACAAAAGCGACACCCAAAUGCUGGUGGAAAAACUGGCCUACAAGCUCCAGACGGGGCCGAAGCUGAUGAUCGGCGACUGCGAGAUGACGCUGGACAUCGAUCCUCUGGACGAGUACCACAUUAAAAAAGCCGAGAAGGAGCUGCGAGAAACGCCUGAAAUGGUUCAGGAAUCCAUUAAAAUCCUCUGUGAUAUGCUUGGAGAAGAGGAAGGUUUAUACGUGCCAUUGGAUGAAGAGUUCCUAAAGCGGUUCCUGCGGCCAUGCAAAUUCUACCCGAGAAGCGCUUUCAAGCUGAUUAAGCGCUUCUACGAGUACCGGUUGAAACAUCCCGAGUUCUACGAGGGUCUGCUACCGAGCAACGAACGUGCCAUCUUCACAUCGGGUAUCCUGACGCCUCUGCCGCGCCGCUGCAGCGAUGGCGUCAGGGUCGUCGUGAUCGAGGCCGGACGCAAAUGGAAUCCCAAGCAGGUGUCGCUCAACCAGAUCUUCCGGGGGGUCAUCCUCAACCUCGAGGUCGCCAUUGUCGAGCCGAAGACCCAGGUCUCCGGAGUUCGAGUGAUCAUUGACAUGGAAGGCCUGUCCCUGGGCCAGGUGACUUACUUCACGCCGGGCUUUGCCUCGGCGAUCAUCGAGUUCGUCCAGAGGAGUCUACCCUGUCGACUUAAGGGUGUCCACAUAGUCAACCAAUCGUUCAUCUUUGACAUGGUCUUCGCCUUCUUUAAACCGUUUUUGCACGGCAAACUGAAGGACCGGAUAUUCUUCCACGGCGGCGACAGACCCUCGAUGCUGAACUACAUGGACGCUAAGAUGUUACCGAAAAAGUACGGCGGCGAAUUCGAUUUUCCGGACAAGCCGAUCGGCGAUCCGAUCUACGAGUAUUCCUGCGGAUACGAGGAGUACUUCGAUGAGUGCAAUCGGUACGGUUACAUGAACGAGGUCUAAUGAGUAGGUGAGGAAAAUAGUACAAACUGGCUCGUGAUAAAUGAAGCUCUGCGCGUCACGCUUAUAGUCAAUUUCAUCCAGCGAGAGGUGCACCGAUGAAGCUCUGUAUACCAAGAUUUUAGCGUUAAGAGAGAUUUUACCAAUAAACGUUUAUAUUAUGUAUGUAUUUUACUGUGUAUGGGUUCUGACAUAGACAAUAUGUACACCAUGUAGUUGGAGAAUUUUGUUGAAAGUAUACUUCGAUACCGCAUUUAUUUAUAGCUCUGAUGGGGAUUACGUAAGCUGAACCUGAUAUAGUUUGAGUUAUAUUGUUGUUACCUUUGUACGAGACAUGUAUAUGUGUUGUAAUAUUUAUGUACAUGCAUGCGCGAGAUACACGGGGUUUUUUUUCUAAGGAUAGAGUAAUGUGUAACAUUUUUAAGACGAAAUAAUAAAAGUGUUUAGAUUGUUUGAAAAAAA